ACUUCAUUGACUUCAUUCUCCAUUCAAUGAUUCAACGAAGCUAUUUUUAUUUUUGUGUUCGAGUAUUACGCAUCAGAAGCUGAGUAACUUUAUGAGCAGCUUACAAACGUGUUAUUGUUGUUUUUGUUUUGAAAUCUGGUGACAUAAGAUCUUAGAUAAAUUAAAGAGACUUCCUAAGUAAAAGACAGAAAAACAUCUGGAGAGCUAAAGUAAAUAGUUUCACAAGUUAAAGAACCACAUCGAUCAGUGCGUCACAGUUUUCUGGAAAAUACAGUUACAUAUUGUCGCAGAGCGUUGGUAAAAUCCUUGUUAGACCUAUAAAAGUGUGUUGGCAGUCAUUUUAAGUGAAUUUAAGCGCAAAGAGCGGCGACUGUCGUAGAAUCAGUUUGAUGAUAUUAGACGAGCUUGAGGAGUUCUUCGAUAUGGCUCCAACCAAACGCGGGAAACGAGGAGUCAGUGACGCUGACGAUGAGGAUGAUGAGUACCGGCGGAAACGUGACAGAAAUAAUGAGGCAGUAAAAAAGAGCAGAUUCAAGUCCAAACAGAGGACACAAGAAACUUUCACACGAGUAAACAAACUGAAAGCUGAGAACCAAAUGCUUGAAGAGAAAGUCAAGACACUAACUAAAGAACUCCAGUUUUUGAAGGAACUGUUCCUAGCGCAUGCUUCAAACACACCCAAUGCAAAGUUCGAUGGCAUAGACCUCGACAAACUAUUAGAAGAUAUACCGGAUGACAAGAAAUAGUGAAAUCAAACGAACUUGCCGUUACUAGUGAUUUUAUUAGCAAAAUACAGUGAGAGUGAUCACAGGAUUGAAAGGACAGUUGAAUUCAGUGUUCUGUGGCUCAAUUAGAAAGAAAUUAUGCAAUAUUAUGUGCUAUCGACCAUUGUACAUGUAAAUAAUAAACAUCUCACUUUUGGGCUGUGAGAUAUGACUCGGGUCAUAAGGUCGUAAGUACCUAAUCUGGUAUAUUGUAUACUAUGUAUACUAUAAUGGAGAGGUAUAUUAUACCCGGCAGAUAUAUUAUAUUUAUGUACAAUUAAUUAUGUGUUCUAUGUAGUACAGUUCUGUUUUUCAUGUUAUUGUAUUGUUGACAUAGAUAUUUGUUUGUGAAAAUUCGUGAUUUAUAUUUGUUUUUUUUAGCUGUAAUGGCUUACAAUUUUGCAGUUUCAUUAAUAUGUUUCAAAUAAACUAUUGUUCAGUUUGAUGAAAAAUACCUUUUAAGUUUUUUUUUUAAUUUUCUAUAGUAUGUAGAUAAAAAAUUUUUGUUUAUAAGUUGGAAUGUUUACAGUUAUCAUGCACCAACAAACAAUAGCGAAAUGCUAUGCUAAUAAUCUGAUAGCAGAUAACUAUUUGAAAGGAACACAUUGCUGUUAAAACAAACUAAUAGUCACCCAUUAUUUUUUAUCUGUGUGACUUGCAAAUUGUAUGCUUAUCUGUAUUGUUAUCAUGAACAUGAAUACGCGUAUUAUUACGUAAAUAGGUAAUGUUUUUUUAUGUAUAUUCUAUGUUUGUUAUAUAAUCCCUGUCCAGUCUGAUUUAAUAUUUACAUUUACAUUAUAAAAUUGGAAACUUAAAUACCUACUGGCAUAAUUUAUACAUUUGAAUUUCACAAUCUUACUAAAUACCACAACACUUGUUUUAAAAAAAAAAAUUUUCAUAGAUUUUUUUCUCUAUUCUUUAUUUACUUUUAAAAUGAUGUCAGGAGAACUUUGAGUAUAAUGUGAAUUGAACAUUCAGCCAAAUGUGGUGUAUUCUUAGAGAC